AUGGCCGAGGAUGAUAUGGUGUUCAUCCAUUCGGUUAGGCGGAUCUCGAAAUUGACGAACGCGUUGAGCAAGAUUCCGCCGGAUUCGAGCGUGAAUCCGUCGAUGAAUCAGAUGAGCGCGACACUGCAGCGCGCGAAGGUGUUUCUAGAGGAGGAAUUCUGCUCCUUGUUGGAGGAAUCGAGCAAUUCGAGGAGCGAUCUACAGCUUGAGGAUGCAUAUGUAUUUGGGGAAGAUGUUGGAUUUAGUGGUGUUUUCCACUGCACUACUGGUUUAGCUGAUCAAUUUGGGGAAAGUAGAUCAGGGUCUGUUAUUCCAAUUUGCAAGCCUGAGUUGAGGCCUUAUGAAGGUAAAAAAUUUUCUUCCCUUGAGGAAGGAAUUUCCUUUUAUGAAAAGUAUGCUCAGGAGUCUUGUUUUGAUUGUCGAAGAUUUGGAAAUAGGUCUAGUGGUGGUGUUAUUAUUUUUCAGUAUGUUGUUUGCAAUAGACAAGGAUUUCAUACAGUAGAUUCGUUGGAUGUUGAUGUAAGUGUAUCUGAGGAUGGUAAUGUAUCAGAUGAUGAUGAAGUAUCUUCAAAGAAGAGACGUAGACGUGGCACCAAAAGGUGUGGAUGUGGAGCGAGAAUUAGUUUUAAGUUUUUUUCUGAUUUUGGUGAUAAGUAUUACCUUGUGCAUCAAUUCGUUGAGAAACACAAUCAUGCUAUGGUUGACAAAGAUCAUAAGCGAUUUAUGAAAGGUAAUCGGAGUUUGAAUGAUGUUCAUUAUAAGUUUGUUGAAGAUUGCACCAAAGCUAACAUCGGUCCUACCUCAACUUUCAACUUAUUAAAGGAGUUUUUUGGUGGUUAUGAUGUUGUUGGGUGUACGUUGAAUGAUGUUAGGAAUUGUUCACGUGAUAUUAAAGAGAAAUUAAAAGAAGUGGAUGUGCAAAUGAUCCUAAAUCAGAUGCAAGAGAAGAAGAGAAUUUGUGAAGGGUUUUUUUACAAAUAUCAAUUAUCACCUGAAGAUAAUAAGUUAGUGAGCUUAUUCUGGUCUGAUGCUGAGUCUCGGAAGCAUUACCACAUGUUUGGAGAUGUUGUAGCAUUUGAUACAACAUAUUCAAUAAACAGGUAUCGUAUGGUGUUUGGUCCAUUUACCGGGAAAGACAAUCAUGGUUGUCCUAUUGCGUUUGGAGCUGGUUUCGUAUCCGGUGAGAAUUGUGAUGCAUUUUCAUGGCUUUUCACUAUAUUUGUUGAAUGCAUGGGUGUUGCUCCAAGAAUCAUAAUCACUGACCAAGAUUGGGGAAUGAGGCUUGCCAUUGAGAAGGUAUUACCUGAAUCUGAAAACAGUUUUUUUAAGAGGUACUCGAAACCGUUGUUUAAUUUUGCUGACUUCACUCUUCAGUAUAACAAUGCCAUUGAUGCUCAAAGGAAUCAAACUGAAAGGCUUGACUAUUAUGAUUCUGUAAUCACUCCAAAAUAUGUCACUGAUUUAGCAUUUGAGAAGCAAUUGGCAUCUGUAUACACAGAUAGGAUGUUUAGAGUGGUACAAGAAUUGAUUGUUGAGGCUGAUAAGAGUUGUCGGAUGAUUAGCAUGUCCACAUUGGAGAACAUCGAGGUCUUCAAAGUUUCUGAUGCUAGAAAGAAGAUCUUUACAGUUAGACAUGAGAUAGAGACUGAGUCAUAUGAAUGUGAGUGUAAACUAUUUUUAAGGUGUGGUUAUCUAUGCAGCCACCUUUUUUUCAUCCUCAGAAACAAAGAUGUCAAAAAUAUUCCAGAGAAAUAUGUUGGUAACCGUUGGCUUAAAAGUGAAUUACUAAAGGCAGUUCAUGGUCUCACGAUUGAUGAAAGUGCGUCUGACAGAGGUUCUAACAAAGAUGACAAACUACAGAUUGCUAAUAGGUGUCAUGGACGUUACUUUGGUCUAUAUCAACGUGCUUUUAGGAAUAAAGAUCAUUUGAUUGAUUUGGAUAAUUUGCUUGCGGGUAUUGGUCCUCAAAUCUUUAAAGAUGACUGUGCUGGAUCGUCUUCUCUUGAUAAAAAUGAUUCAAUCAUGAACAUAUAUGGUAUUGUUGUUCCUGAAGAAAUAACUGCCCAUGCUCCAGAUGUGGUUAGUACAAAAGGAGGUGCAAGUGACAAGAAAAGCAGGAUUAAGUCAAGCAUAGAGAAAGCAAUUGAAAAAGCAAAUAAACCUCAUAUGCGUUGUGGAAAGUGUCACAAAGUUACUGAUCAUAAUGCUAGAAGUUGUGGCAGAAAGCAGACAUGA